AAUUCUACUUAAAAGUUAUUGAAACAGGAAACAUAUUCAGUUAUUUAAUCUUAAUUUUUUUUUAUCACUGCUAGACAAUAAAAUGGUUUCUAUUCGGUAUCUAAGGUAGUGUUUGGCAAUUAACAAYACAAAGUUGCCUGGUAAUGGAAUCUUUGACUCUACCUGUUGCCCAAUUCACGAUGGCUGGUUAUCAAGUAAACAUCGCUCAAUGUAGGCGUUGUYGCUGUUUAUAAACGUAAAUCAGAAAUUGAUUUCUCUAGAAUUUUUCGCAACAUAUAUUAUUGCGGAAUUAUUUMUCGUUUUCAGUGUAUAUAUUUUGAUUUAGCCGGGUGCAAUGGCCAUUUAGUUGAUGAAAUAUUUAUAUCUGCGGGGAUUCUAUUUUGAUAGCCGCUGGUGCCAUUGAUUUGCGACAUUAAUUAUUCAUUGCYAGCACUUUAUUUCGACUUUGAUAUUUCACCGAUUUAACCUUUGGUAAUUUUCCCAUAUUAUCGUUGUAAAAACGGCUUUAUAUUAGAACAUGGAGCUCAAAUAACAAGGACAAGAGUUUUCAAGUUAUUUUUUUUCGACUUGGGUCAAGAUGGCGUUCCUCAAGGAUCAUUGUUGGGUAGUUUGUUUGGCUGUUUUGUCUUGUUCUUUGUUUGUUAUUGGAAAAAGACAUUCAAAGCACCAUUAUUAUCAUCAACAUCGACAUUCAGAAAACUAUAGAGAAAAUUACGCUUCGAAAAGAAGCGACAUAUCGCCCACUACUUUUCGAAAUGUGUACACGUUCUCUGUCAAUGAUGAAGGAAUUAGGUUAAGGAAACAUGGCCAUUCCAAGGAGUCGAAAAGACAAAAUAUCGAAGUAGCAGAAGUCUUGAAGGAUUUAGCAGAACUAGCAACUGCAGUUUCCGAAGGACCUACACCCGGUCAAAUUCAAAAUGGUGUCGUACAACCGACUCAAAAGGCAACUCCGCAACCGAUAAACGCGGCAGCUGGAACUACCGUAGUUAGUGUUCCCGUCAACCCAACAACWKCAGUGACYUUAUUACCGACCGAUGGAACCGCGACUGAUGGCUCAAUGUCCACAGCUUUGACWAUUGGAAGUACAGUUCCUACAAUUCCUGUAACUAAUGCGACUGCUGCCCCUACUACUAAGCCYCCCAACGAGACUACAGCUCCACAACAAACUACCGCASCUCCCAACAUAACAACUCCAACUACGGCRCCAACAACGGCCGCUCCAACCGAAGUAACGGAGCCUAAUCUUUUAGAGUGGCUCAAGAAAAUGAUUGGACAAACUGGAGGAGGGGCCGGUGGUGUUAUCGUUGGUGGAGGUGGUAUCACCGGUAUACCCGGCAUAACCUUCCCCGGUGGUGGAGGUGGGUUACCCGGUGGUGGUGCUGUCAUAACAGGCGGUGGUGGAAUACCUGGAAUUGGCGGUGGUGGAACUGGGAUACCCGGCAUUGGUGGAAUAUCCGGUAUCACUGAAAUCCCGGGUCUCGGUGGAAUACCCGGUCUCGGUGGAAUCCCCGGUCUGGGCAAGAUCCCCGGUAUCGGUGGAGUAGGCGGUGGAAUUGCAGGCAUUCCUGGUAUCGCCGGUGGAAUAUCUGGUGGGAAUAUAGGUAUACCGGGUAUUUCUAUAGCAGGUCCUGUAAGUCCGGGGGCCAAUGGAGGCGUCGCUUCAGCUGUCUCUGAAAUCAAAAUAUCAGUGUCACCUGAUGGAAAGAUUACAAUCAAUCACCCUAUGUUACCCAACGGACACCCAGUUGUAAUUCCUGGACUGGUCAAUGGUAAAAUGCCUGGAUUAGAUCCUAAAGCUCCGUGUAAGAACAAGAUUCGGUAUUGCAAGCACUGGGCGAAGCAAGGGGAAUGUCUAAAAAAUCCAAAGUUUAUGUUGGUUAACUGCAAGAAAAGCUGCACUUCGUGUGGUAAGUUAAGGCAUCGGCUCUGCCUUUUUCCAGCUCCUUGCGAAGACAAGCACCCAUUGAAGUGUAGUGGCUGGGCCAAGGCGAACGAGUGUCGUAAAAACCCUACCUUUAUGAUGAGAGACUGCUGGAAAAGCUGUUCAGGAUGUGCAAAGCGUGGUUUAUGUCAAUCACAUCCUCGUCCUAUGAUGGAGCUUUGCUGGAGAAGCUGUUCACAUUGUGCCCCUUGUGUUGAUAGCCAACCUGAGUGYGAAGGAUGGGCUAAAAAAGGCGAAUGUCAAAAAAAUCCCGGCUUCAUGCACAAAAGAUGCUGGAAGAGCUGUUCGUCAUGUAAGUAG